CUACUGAAGCAGAAGGGUCUGACCGUGGGCCAUGAGCUGACCGGGCUGCGCACACAGGGGAUGAGCCGCAGCCACGCGGCACCGCCUUUCCUUUGACAAAUUCUGGUCUCAGCCUGAGGUACGAAACUAACUUUCUGCCACCAUGGCAUAUUUGAAAUAAUGAGCAAAAUCAAACUAUUAUUCAUCUUUAAAGCUGGACACAAAACCUCAAUGCAGCUGUUGUUUUAGGGAAAAAACACUAUUUGAGUGCUAAGUAAAUAUUGCACUGUGCAGUGACCUUAUGGGCUCUUUUUCUGAGCUCAUCCAGCUGCCAGAGAUUAUUAUUUUAUGCAUGUUUAUUCAUGUGGAGAGGAUGCAGAAUGCUAUUGCUAUAUGUUUCUGUCAGUCUCAGAGAAUCCAGACUGGGAUCUCUCAGAAGCAGCUCCAGAUCUAGAUAGGUAAAGCAAAAGCCUAUCUGCCAGCAGUGGAUUCUAAUUAAUUCAUGGCUUUUAAAAUGUUUUUUCACCACCAGUACUUUGUACGUAGGUGUAGUUUUCUUGAAAGGUUCACACUGAGCUCUGCUGUGACACAUAACCUUUAUAGGUUUCUAUUUUACUUGGCAUUUGCAGUUUUUCCUCCUCGGCAUGGGGACUGAGUGACCUUAGCAAUUGCCAGCAAGGGGACUCCAUAUGAUGAAAGCAGGUGAAAGGGAAAAUAAGGGCGGAACUAGGUAAAGCCAAUUCAUACCUCAGAGGAGGUGUGGUCCUGUCCUCUACCUAGCUGUGGUCACAGUCUUGUGAAAUAUAAAAGGAGAAGGCAGUGGUUUCUUAAACAAUCUGGUGCCAGGAUCCUGUAGUGAGAAGGAAGGUUGGUGCUGGAAGAAAUGCAGAGCAAGAAGUCAAGAGUGUCAGCUGGGAAAGGUGUGGGACUCACCGGUGCUCUGAGCCUCAGGAACACCAUCAGCUCUUCCCUGAAGGCCUGUUUGUUGGGCUGAGGGUUGCAUGGUAGCUGCACUCCCUUCCCCAGCAGGCUGGCUUAGAGGAGAACAGAGCUAUCAUGUCCCAAGGAGAAGCAGCAGGACGUGGCACUGCCAAGCCCCAGGACCAGGGAUGGGCAUGGAUGGUCCUGCUGGCUGCAGUGGUGCUGCAGGGGCUGACGCUGGGCUUCCCCUGCUGCAUUGGUGUCUUCUUCACGGACCUCCAGCAUGAGUUCCAGGCCAGCAAAAGCGAGACAUCAUGGUUCCCAUCCAUCAUGGUGGCCGUGCUGCACGGAGGAGGGCCCCUCUGCAGCAUCCUGGUGAAGCGGUUUGGCUGCAGGUUUGCGGUGAUGCUGGGUGGGCUGCUCAGUGGGCUGGGAAUGGUGUCCAGCUCCUUCUGCAAGUCCAUCAGCCAGCUGUACCUCACAGCAGGCCUCAUCACUGGUCUGGGAUCAUGUUUCAGCUUCCAGGCAGGAGUGACUGUGCUGGGCUACUACUUUGUCCGGUGGCGAACACUGGCCAAUGCCAUGGCCUCCACCGGUGUCUCCCUCGGUUUCACGCUGUGGCCGCUGUUGUCUCAAUACUUGCUGGAUGAGAUGGGAUGGAGAAACACCUUCCUCAUCUUUGGAGGAAUACUCCUGAACUGCUGUGUUUGUGGAGCCAUCAUGAGACCCAUUCAGCUGGCAUCAGGGUCACUUCCACAAUCUGCCAAGCCCAAAGAGGAGCCAGGGAGCAGAGCAGAAGAGGUACAGCUGUCCAAUGGAGCAUCUCCUCACCACCCCACACUCCAGCAGCACACCAAAAGGACAAAAUGCUUGCAGAUGCUGCAGAAGUACCUGGCUUUUGACAUCUUCUGUCAAAACAAAGGGUACCAGAUUUACACUGUUGGAGUAACCUGGAUGAUGAUGGGGUUUGCCUUACCCCAUGUCUACCUUGUGCCUUAUGCCAUCCACCACGGGGUGGAGAAACGCAAGGCAGCCCUCCUCAUCUCCAUCAUCGGGGUCAUCAACAUCUUCAUCCGCCCUCUCACAGGGCUGCUCUCAGGACACAGAGUCUUCACAGGAAGACGCAUCUACCUGUUCAGCCUGGCCGUGCUCCUCUGCGGGCUCAGCAAUUUCAUCUGUGUCCUUUCAGCUGAGUUCAGUGUGCUCAUCCUCUACUGCAUCAUCCUCAGCGUAGCCAUGAGUGGCGUUGGGGCACUCACCUUCCAGGUGCUGAUGGAUGUGGUAGAGAUGGACAGGUUCUCCAGUGCUCUAGGGCUCUUCACCAUCCUAGAGAGCAUCACCCUCCUCAUUGGGCCCCCGCUCACAGGUCUCCUGGUAGACAUAACGAGUGAUUUCCACUACGUCUUCUACAACUCCAGCUUCUUCCUGAUAUCAGCUGCAUUAUUUAUGGGGCUCAGCUUCUGUGCUCUGGAAAAAAAAAACAGAUUGAGAGAGGUUUCCAAAGCACAUUUGGACAAUCCCUCCAGAUACCAAUACAAUGAAACAUCAACAGAACCAAAGGCCGAAAGUCAGUCCCCUCCAGCAGUUGAGUACAUCACCAGUAUAUGAAAAUAAAGAAGGGGGGAAAAGAGCAACACCAUGAAGUGGUCUGUACAAAGCAACACAUGGCCCAACACUGAUGGCAGAUCAGAAAAAAACGGUCUGCUUUCCACUACUGUCACCUUCCUUUUGCACUUGCACUCUAUAGGGCCUUGUCAGACUCCAAGGCAGUGAUCCAGACCACAGGCCCAGCCCAGAACCCAGCACCGGCCAAGGAGAUGAAGCACAAAGAGAUCUGAGCUCUCCUAAAGCAAACCAUGGGGUAACAGCCACGGGACCCAGCACCAGGAGGCAAAAGCUGGGGCAGUUUCAUUGGGUUAAGUCACCACCUUUAAGAAGUCACUGGAAUUUCACAAGCACUUCCAGUUGGUAGUGCUGGAUAACACAUAUUAAUGGGUAGUUCUUCACAAAGAAAUAUUGUUGCCUCAUCUGAAUAUACAAUUUCGGUGCACAGGCUUCCUGUUUGCUUCCCAUGUUGGGGUUGGGAAGACAAACACUUUCCACAGUGAAGUGUGGGAGGUGUGUUAUUAUUUUCCACAUCUCUAAAUAUUAUACAAAAGCAGCUGCAUGGGUUGUAGAACUCAGACAAAUCUCUAGUAAGAUCAACUGUUUUCUCCUAUGAAGCAUACACAGGAGUUCUUCAUGCCAAGGGCAGUUUCAAAGCCUCAAAAGUCAACUCCAGAGC